AUGCAUGUCCAGGCGCCUGAUCUCCGAGUCCAGCCUUUACAUACACCGUCAAGACUGCACGAAGCGCUCGCAUUCUCCAAGGACGGCAGCCGUCUCCUGGUCGCCUCAGGCACGGCGUCCAGGAUCACGCUUUGGGAUAUCCAAGCAGGCAGCCAAGCCGGCUCGAUCCUUGUCGACAUUGCGCCGAAUGCGACCUUCCUCGGUGGCUAUGACGGAGGCGAUCGUGCGGAGAACAUUGCAUUCUCGUCUACCGAGAGGUUCUUUGUCACGGACGCCACCAUGGGUGCCAUCUCGUCACAGCGCCGAUCCCGCUCGGCCUCGCAGGGAUAG